AUGAGUUCUACCCUUUUCUCAUGGAGUCCGGGAUCAAAGGAGAUGAGGGCAAGAAGGGAACUCAACACGGGGUUGCCCGUUCUCGGAGCUUUGACUAGCAGUCAUGGUAGACGAGAAGAAAGGAGCCGACCUGCUUCAAGCUGCCUUAUGGGAAAGACAUCUUUCAUUCCUGUGGCUAGGUCGGGUUAUGGGUUAGGCGAGGAAUCGAAGCGGCUGAACAGCGGCAUAGAAUGGAAUUGA